GGAUUCUGUGUCCCAGCUGAGUUUGAGGAUGAGGUAGCAGGAGAGGGAGCUACAGAGUUUGAGGACAUUGAGGGAGGGGGUCUAGGUCAAGGUGAAGGGGUCAAGGACGUCAGUGAUCAGAUUGAAAAUGAAGACCAGCUUGAUGAGGCCAGGAAAGCAGGAGAGGAGAGAAAAGAGGAAGAUUCCUCCCAGCAGCCUGACAUCAGGUCCGAGGAGAAUGCCAUAGAGAUGUCUGAUGACUUUGAGGGCAAAGUUCACGACCUUGAAGCUGCAGACCAAGAGGAAAGGUCAGAUGAAGAGGAUGAUGGGAAGGAAGAGGAGCUGGAUAGACAGAUGGGAGAAGUGGACGGGAAUGACACGGAGAAGUUAGACGACCAGAUGUGGGGGAGUGAUGAAGAGGAGGGAGAGGAGCAGGGGGAGAAAGAAGAAUUUGGCCCUGGGUCCCAGCAGGAGCAGAAGAGUGAACUGGUUGCUAAGGAAGACAACCAAGACAAGACAGAAACAGACGACAAAUCAGACAAGCAGAGGACAGAUGAAAACGAGGCUGAGGAGAAUGAUGAAAACCAGAAACCACAGGAACUGGAACAGGUAGAUGAGUCAGAAUAUGAUGACGACAAAAUCGACCCUAACCAUGGUAACCAGGAACCCCAGCAGGCCCCUGACAACAUGGAUCUCCCUGACGACAUGAAGCUGGAUGAAGAAGAGGCUGGGGUCACAGAGGAAGACCAAGGUCAAGAAGAGCCUCCAUCAGAGCCCCCUGGUGGUGACACAGAGAUGACAGAAACAGAGGACAAGGGGGAUAAUCAAGACAUGGAAGAAACAGGGGAGGACACUCUUCCAGAAGUGGAACCAGAAAUGUCAGAGGACCAGAAUAACCAGACAGGAGAGGAACCAGACAAAGAUCAAGGAACCAGGCAAGAGGAAGAAGGAGAGGAGGAUCCAGGGUUUUCUUCUCAGAAUGAACCAACAGAUGUCAGUGCUGAAGAUGAAGAAGACAGCUCUAGGAACAAGGAUGACAAACCCCAGGCAGCAGAGAAUUAUGGGAAGACUUCCCAUGAUUCCCAGAAUGUAGAGCAGUCAGAAUCAGCCCAGGAUCAGGGAGGGGAACCAGACAAUGACCAGAAAGAGAGUGAAGGAACUGGAACCUCAAACUUAGAAGCUGAAGAGGGUCAUGAAGGUCAAAGUUCAAAGGUUGCACCUUCAUCCACCAAUCAGUCUCAGAAGUCUGUGAAGAGAAAGGCUGGUCAGUCCAAUGAAGACAGAAGCUUGGGAUCUAACGAGAACCAGUUUAAGAAGCUGAAGACCAUUGAGGAGGCUUCUGCCAAUGAGGAGAGUGAGGAAAAUCAAGAUUCUACAGAAAAAGACUCAGAGCUGUAUGAACAUAUUAAGGAUGCGAAAUCUUCCCAUGAUGCUCAGACACUAGAUGUCGCCACUGAUAAGCAGCAGAUGGAGGAGGCUGUACCUAAUAGAGAGGUGGAUCCAGAGAAUGAAGGGGUGGAGGAGGAGGUGAUGAUGGAAGAGGACAAAGAAGAGGAAAUUGAUGAAAAUGUGGAAAAGCUAUCAUCUCACCUAAAUACAAAAGACAAACAUAGCAAGGAGAGGGAAGGAAUGAGUGAAGUAGGGAUGAAUGAAAAUCAGGAGGAGACAAAGAAGUAUGAAACAGAGGGUGUUGUCAAGGAAACACUGGGGGCCUCAAGGGGACCGGAAUCUACAAUUCACACCACACUGGAGAAUCUCCACCUAGAAGUCAGGGGUUCUGACCUAGAUAUGGAGAAGCUUAGGUCUGAAUUAGAGGAACAAUUGUCUACCUUUACCAACACAGUUAAUCACACAGCAGAGGCAGAGGAGGCAGCAUCAGAGGCGUGGCACCGAUACGAAGCUCUGACAUCAACUCUAUCCCAGGAACUGUGUGAACAACUCAGGCUAGUGUUAGAGCCCUCACAGGCCACAAAACUCAGGGGAGACUACCGGACUGGGAAGAGAUUAAACAUGAGGAAAGUUAUUCCAUACAUCGCCAGUCAGUUCAGGAAAGACAAAAUCUGGCUCCGUCGUACCAAGCCCAGCAAACGACAGUACCAGAUCAUGCUGGCUAUAGACGACUCCUCAAGUAUGGUGGACAACCACUCCAAACAGUUGGCUUUUGAGUCCUUGGCGUUGAUUUCUAAUGCUCUGACUUUGUUAGAGGCAGGGGAUUUGAGUAUCUGCAGUUUUGGAGAGUCUGUACAAGUCCUUCACCCAUUCACUGAGCAGUUCACAAGUCACUCAGGUUCCAGAUUGUUACAGCAGUUUACAUUUGAACAGAAGAAAACCAAGGUAGCUCAGCUUUUGAAGAAAGCCACAUCAGUGAUGCUGGACGCUCGCUCCCGACAGCGGGGAAUGCUGGGUAAUCCCGAGACGUCACAGUUACUGCUGAUCGUGUCUGAUGGGCGGGGCUUGUUUAACGAGGGAAUGGAGACGGUGAGAUCGGCCGUCAGACAGGCGCGGGAGGCCGGAGUCUUCCUGGUGUUUGUUAUCAUUGAUCUUCCAGAAAUCAAGCCCUACAUGGAUUACUUCCCUUUUCCUUUCUACAUCAUACUGCGAGACAUUAACUCCCUUCCUAAUGUGUUGUGUGACGCCUUAAGACAAUGGUUUGAACUUGUGACGGCAGUGGAUGUUUGA